AUGCAUUUGCUGUUUAUUGUAACAGCUAGUGCAAUCCUCGCAUAUUUCCGGAUUGGAAUCGAUGCUGCUAUCAUAACCGGUCGGUGUAAUGGAGCAUCCUGUCGUAACGAUGGAUAUUGUAUGCAAAUUUCAUCAAAUGUUCAUAAAUGCAUAUGUACAGGUGGGUAUAUGGGUGAUCGAUGUGAGGAGCGUUGUGAUUGCUUGAAUGGUGGCGAAUGUCUCCGAAGAGGAUCACUGUCGAUAUGUGUUUGUCCUAUUGGCUUUAACGGAACACUUUGUGAAUAUCGACAACCUAGCAGAUGUGAUGAAGCGCCAUGUGUUCAUGGGCGAUGCAUUUUGUCUAAAUCAUUAGAUACAUUUCGAUGCGAAUGUCAGAUCGGAUUUACAGGUGAAAGAUGCGAUAGACGAAAUUAUUGUGAAGGUAAUCCAUGCAGAAAUGGUGGUUCAUGUAUAUCAACAACCGGAGGUUAUCGUUGUGGUUGUCCGGAAGGCUUUCACGGCAAUAAAUGCGAAUUAGAUAUCAACGAAUGCCAUUUGAAUCCAUGUGUUCGCGGUAAAUGCAUCAAUGAGUUUGGUUCAUAUCGAUGCGACUGUCCACAUGAUUUUACCGGUCGUAAUUGUGAAACGUUCUCAUUUAACAUUGAUCCCUGUUCCACGUCUCCGUGUCACAACAACGCCAAAUGUUAUACGUAUCGUGACAAGUACUACUCUUGUGAAUGUCGUCCUGGCUUUACUGGAAGACAUUGUGAAGUGAAUAUAGAUGACUGUUCGGAAAAUGCUUGCAUGAAUGGCGGUACUUGCAUUGAUCGUGAACAAGGUUAUGAAUGCAAAUGUCCACCAUUUUACACUGGUCGCUUAUGCGAGGAAGAUAUUGAUGAAUGUGAGUUAGGUUUGCAUGAAUGCAAGAAUGGCGCAACAUGUUUCAAUAAAAAAGAAGGUUACCAAUGUGUUUGUGUGAAUGGUUGGGAAGGUAUCCAUUGCGAGAUAAACAAAGAUGAUUGCAAAGAUGCUCUUUGUGAGGCAGGUAGCACGUGCGUGGAUCACCUCGCUAAAUAUACCUGUGAAUGUCCACCGGGUCGUAUCGGUUUAUUAUGCCAUAUGGAAGAUCCAUGUCUAUCAAAUCCAUGUCAAGUUGGGUCCGUAUGCGAACCUGAUACAUCGAGUGGAAAGUAUACAUGUGAAUGCCCGAAGGGAUACACCGGAGAGGAUUGUUCUAAUGAUAUUAACGAAUGCAAUCAGGAUCAUGCUGUUUGUUAUAAUGGCGGUACGUGUGUGAAUACACCUGGAUCAUUUCACUGUGAAUGUCCACCAGGUUACACCGAUUGGCACUGUCAAACUCAUGUGAAUCAGUGUUCCACUAAUCCAUGCCUUAAUUCUGGCACAUGCUUGGAUUAUGGAACACGCUUCAAAUGUGUUUGCAUGUCAGGUUUUCAUGGAAAGCGCUGUGAACUUCACUGUCCAUCUGGCUACGAAGGUGAGAACUGUGAGCGUCGACAGUAUAUAGAAUGUAGCAUAACCGAUUGCCUAAAUGGUGGCGUUUGUUCGAAAGGUUCAUGUCGUUGUCCUCCGGGAUUUACUGGUGAUCGUUGUGAGAAGAAAUUAGAUCCGUGUAAAUAUCACAACUGCCCUCAAAAUGCCAUAUGUAUUCCGAUCAAUAAUAGUGUUACCUAUAAAUGCGAGUGUAAAUUGGGUUUCUAUGGACAUGAUUGUAAAUUAGAAAUGAAUGAAUGUGCGUCAAAUCCAUGUCAGCACGGUGGUGUUUGCACAGAUCACUUGAACGGUUACGUGUGUUCGUGCAGUGCCGGUUAUACCGGCGAACAGUGUCAAACGAAUAUCGAUGACUGUAUUCAUCAUCCAUGUUUACAUGGUGGCACUUGUAUUGAUGGUAUCAAUUCUUAUUCAUGUCAUUGUGCACUACCAUACGACGGUGAUCGAUGCCAAUAUGAAUUAGAUCCAUGUCGGACAAAUCGCUGUGAAAAUGGUGCAUUUUGCAAACCAACGCCAACUUAUCGGAAUUAUACAUGCAGUUGUACGAACGGUUUUUAUGGGUACUAUUGCGAUACUGAUAUUGAUGAGUGCGCAGUAAAUAAUCCAUGUCUCAAUGGUGGUACUUGUGCAAAUAAAUUUGGAUCAUAUCAUUGUCGUUGUUCGGAUGGUUAUACCGGUAGGAAUUGCGAAAACGACCGGAAUGAUUGCUUACCAAAUCCUUGUCUAAAUGGUGGUCAUUGUAUGGAUGAACUGAACGGCUACCAUUGCGAAUGUUUGGCGGGUUUUACGGGUCGUCAAUGUGCCACGAAUAUCAAUGAAUGUGAAUCGUCACCAUGCGAAAAUGGUGCAUCCUGUAUUGAUCAUAUCAACGGUUUCGAGUGCAUAUGCCGUCGAGGUUUCAGUGGUACUUUUUGUCAAACCAACGAUGAUGACUGUCAACCAGGGUUAUGUUUGAAUGGUGGGACGUGCGUGGAUGGUGUUAACUCGUAUCGUUGUCGGUGUCAGCGUGGAUUUACCGGGAAGAAUUGUCAGCAUCAAAUCGAUUUGGAACAAUUCAAUGUAACUGAUCUGUUGGAGCAUGAACUAUGUGCCAAGCAUGAUUGUAUAACAAAGGCUGGUAAUAAAGUGUGCGAUCAGGUUUGCAACUAUUAUGCAUGUCAUUAUGAUAGCGGAGAUUGCAGUGCUGGUACGAAACCGUUUGAAAAAUGCGAAUCACCAAGUUAUUGUGCUCAUGUUUUCAGAGAUGGAAAGUGCGAUCCGAUAUGUAACAAUCAAGAAUGCUUGUUUGAUGGAUUCGAUUGUGAUAGUAUUCCGGAACAGUGCUCCAAAAAUGAUUACUGUACAACACACUAUGCUGAUGGACAGUGCGAUCGAGAAUGUAAUGUUAUCGGUUGUGGAUGGGAUGGUGGUGAUUGUGAUUCUUUUGAUGUUGAAACACCGUUAGAGGGAAACAUCAUAGUGAUACUUCUGAUCAGUCCAGACGAAUUUUUACAUAAUGCGCAAACAUUCCUCUUCACAUUGAGUCAAAAGUUACGUGGUGCUGUACAUAUUCGAACGAUAAAUGGCAAACCAAUGAUAUAUUCGUGGAGCUCAGAAGGUGGUAUUGGACAAUUAUAUGAUGUAGCACCAGAAAAACGUUACUUACUUGUUCCCAAUUUGCAACGAGUCAAAAGACAAACAGACCAGUUACGUGGCACAAUGGUAAUGCUUACGGUUGACGUAUCAUAUUGCCGUAAAAUUGAUCGUGAAGAAUGUUUUUCGGAUCUGUUUAGUAUUGUCGAUUACUUAGGUGCAGCUAAUGCUAAACAGGAGUUGCAAGAACUUGGCAUGCCAGUGCAUUCAGCUCGGGUUGAAUUAGAUAAUGCUAAACAGGCUAAAGGGAUCUCCUGGCAAACCUUACUUAUUUGUCUAUUAAUUUUUGUCACAACAGUACUUAUUGCUUAUUCUAUGGUUCAACAGGGACGAAAACGGAAAACUCUUCAUGCCCGUAUUUGGCAUCCACCGCCAUCCGAAAGUUGUAAAUCAUCAACUGGAAACCUAGACACUUAUAGCAUUCAUAGCGGAUAUUUGUUCAGUAAUUAUGGUACAGCAAAACGCUCUCGUGCUGAUAAUAUCCCUGUUGGUAUUGCUCAUCCGAAUUUGUACAUUGGAGAAGAUACGCAAUCAUUUCUGAAACCGAAAAUGUUAAGUACCGAUGAACGGCAAUGGACACAUUUGCAUGAAGCUGCUGAUUCGACUGUACCUAUAUCUUUACCGAUAGAGCCUUUAUUGGUAAACGUACGUGGAAAGCAUGGACGUACGCCUAUGAUGCAGACAGCAUCUAAUCAAGCAAAAAAUGAAGAGGCAUCCUGUGAGGAUAUUCGUAAUUUAUUAGAAGCUGGCGCUGAAAUUGAUGCACAAGAUGACAGCGAAGAUACGGCUUUGAUGCUUGCGGUGAAGAGCGGUCGAACAACGGUAGUAGAUUGUUUGUUGAAGAAUGGAGCUGAUCCAACAAUAGUUGAUGAGAAGGAUCGUACUCCAUUGCAUCAUGCUGUUGCUGUAAAUAUUCCGAACAUCGUGCAAUUGCUACUCGAUACAAGACAAGUUAAUGUGGAUGCAUUAGAUGAAGAUAAUCGAACUCCGCUGAUCAUUUGCUCCAAAUUUGAUAUACGUAUGGGUACUGAAAUAGCCGAAAUGCUUUUGAAAGCAAAAGCAGAUGUAGCAUGUGCUGGUGAUAAAAGUUUGACAAAGUAUGAUGGAAGAACAGCGUUGCAUUUCGCUUCACAACAUGCUAAUUUGGAUAUAAUUCGACUUCUAAUUCAUAAUGGCGCUAACAAGGAUGCGCAAGAUUCAUUGGAUCAAACACCAUUAUUUUUGGCAGCAUCUGAAGGACAUCUUGAUGCUGUAGAAUGUCUGAUCAAUCUUGGUGCUAGCAAAGAAAUUACGGAUCAGAAAGAACGAUCACCACGUGAUAUUGCUGCAGAGAAGGAAUUCCGUGAUAUUGUCCAUUAUCUCGAUACAGUACCUACACCGAGAAUUUUGCCGUCAAAUAUGGCUGCAACUUUAGCGCUUUCAACACAUCAACGCUUUAAAAAAUCAUUCAAGAAAACAACGAGACCAGUCAUCAAAAAGAAUCCAUCGCCAACUUAUCCUUCGGCAGUGACAGCAAUGACAGCACAGCCAGCAACUUCAGUUAAUCCACUUACUCCGCCGAAUUCUGACGGUUCCAACUACUCCACGACACCAUCACCGCAUGAUACAACAGCGGUAGUUCACGGUGGAACAGCAGCAACACGUGGAACUACGGUAACCCAAGCUACUGUUGGUCAUCCGGAAAAUGCAGUACUUCAAUCUUCAUCUGUUAUGCUAUCACCCUAUUCCGAUCAUCAUAAUGGUACUGGAUGUAGCCCACCACAAAUGAUGACAGCAAUGCAGGCUGGGUGGUUGUUUCCGGCUAAUCAAUCAUCACAUCAACAGUACGAGGAAGGAUUAUUUUACGGUACGGGAAUGUUGCCUUUUGUUUAUGAUCAGAGAACGUUAAGGCCUUCAUAUUCUCAAUCACACAUGCCUCAUGUACAACAACCAUCUACUGCUUAUUAUAAUGUAUAG